CGCGCGAGCGGGUGUCGCCACGGGAAGAGCGAGUGUCGCACGAGCCGCCAGCCGGCGCGUUAUGGACGUUGCAUGAGCGGGCGCGAGCGCGACCGCUGGAGCCGACGGGCACGCCGGUCGUGGAGCGCGCGCCGUGGGCCCCGGGCGGCGCGGGCAUGCGCUUCGAGGGCGCGGAGCGGCGCGACGCCGUCGCGUUCCACCCGUUGCUGGCGCCGCGGCCGAGCGACUUCUCGGUGUCGGCGCUGCUGACGGCGGGCGCGCUGCCGCCGCCUCCGUACCUGCCAGCCGCACUUGCUGCUGCCGCCGCGCUGUCCGCGCCCUGUCCGCUGCUCAAGCCGCCACCGCCGCCGUACGCACCGUUGCCGCCUGACGACGACGGUGUUGUCGAUGACCCCAAGGUCACGCUCGAAGGCAAGGACCUGUGGGAGAAGUUCCACAAGCUGGGCACCGAGAUGGUGAUCACCAAGAGUGGCAGACGUAUGUUUCCUGCCUACAAACUUCGCGUUUCUGGUCUUGAUAAAAAAGCAAAAUACAUUUUGCUAAUGGACAUCGUAGCUGCCGACGAUUGCAGAUACAAAUUCCACAACAGUCGGUGGAUGGUGGCUGGGAAGGCUGACCCUGAGAUGCCGAAGAGGAUGUACAUCCACCCCGACUCGCCGUCGACAGGCGAGCAGUGGAUGCAGAAGGUGGUGUCCUUCCACAAACUGAAACUGACGAACAAUAUUAGUGACAAGCAUGGUUUCGAGCUCAUCUAUUGCCAAAGUCAACGGAUGUUGUCAAAGUUGCUGUGGCCCAACGCAGGUCCUAGUGCGCCCAGAGAACCCCACUCAGAUCAUUUGUGUGUUACACAGACGAUCCUGAAUUCGAUGCACAAGUACCAGCCCAGGUUCCACCUGGUGAGAGCCAACGACAUCCUGAAGCUGCCAUACUCCACCUUCAGGACAUACGUCUUCAAGGAGACGGAGUUCAUCGCGGUCACCGCGUACCAAAAUGAAAAGAUAACACAAUUGAAGAUCGACAACAAUCCGUUCGCGAAAGGCUUCCGAGAUACGGGAGCGGGCAAACGAGAGAAGAAUCUGUCCGUGUACCGCAGGCAGGCGAUGCUGACCGCGCGGUCAGACAACAGGGACGAUGACGACGAGCGGCCGCUGGACGUCGGCGGCCCGUCCAGUCCGCCCCCGCCCACCACCUCCACGCAGCACAAUACUAGCUCCUGGUUCAGUUCGAGUGGAGGUGGCGGUGACUCGGGCGCGGAGGAGGGCAUCGAGGCGGGCUCCGACUCAUCGUGCUCGGCAGGGCGCGCGCCCUCUCCCCCAGCAGGGCCCUCGCGGCCCUCGCCGGCGCCCGAUGUGUCGCUGGGUCCCCCGGUGCAGCCGCCGCUGCUGCCCUACCUGUACCCGCCGUCGCUGUAUCCGCCGCCGUUCUUCCCGCCGCACCAGAUGCCGCCCGGGCUGCUGUUCAACCUGCACCCGCUGCUGCAGCAGUACUCGCUGCCGCCGCCUCCAGCGCCGCCCGGGCCUCACGGGGCGGCUGCGCUAGGCAAGGCGCACAGGUUCGCGCCGUACGCGCUGCCAGGGCUGGGCUCGGCGUUCGAGCAGGUGGCGCCGCGAGCGCGGUCGCUGAGCUCGUCACCCGCGCGUCCGCGGCCGGGCUCGCCCCCGGCGCGGGCCGCGUCGGCCGACCCUCCACCGGACGCGCCGAGCUCCACCACGCCGGCCACGCCGCCCGCCUCCGACCUCAAAAGCAUCGAGCGCAUGGUGAACGGCCUCGACGUCGAGACCCAGGACUGAUCGAUCCUAGUACUGUACAUACCUGUGUAUUUAUAUGGUGGGCCCCGGCCGACGUUUUGUAUCGUUCCUAUUUUGUUUUUUCUUUCGAGUUCUAUUCGGGUCGAUAUUCGUAUACUGAUUGUAAAUAGUUAAGCUUACAUUAGGAUUCACGAUGUAAGGUUCUCCGGACGGACGAGGUCGCGACAAUAUGACUCUCUGAAACAAAACACUUCAAUCUAAGUCAAACUCUGAACACAUUCAUCUCUCUUUUCCUUUCUUUUGAUUCCCGUGAGUUGUAGUCAAACAGUGAUAUCCGACAAAUCCCAUUAUGUCUAAUUUGUCUGUUCUCGCGACACCGCCCGUCGAGCGUAGCAACCCUCACGUUAGCGUCACAUAGCAACACCGCAAUAGCAAUAGUUUUAAAUUAAUACUCUGAUUUCGACUGUCCGCGGAUUGUAGAUGAGAUGUUAUAGGUAACUAUGGAAACGAGCUAAUUGUGAAGACCAAAGUGAAGUGACAACAACAUCAAGGACAUAAAUGUGUGGUUUAUAAAAUAGAGUAAUGGAGUUUCUUAUAUUGCAUGACUUUUCUCUAGAUGUUAAAAUUAGAAUACCUGUUAUUUGACUUUUAUUCCUUUAAUAAUGAUAAUCAAUAUUUUGUUUUAUUUUCGUUUUUAUAUUUUUGUAGUCUUACAAUCCAGUGGUUUAUUAGUAUUUUGUUGAUGUCACCACUACAACCCGUAAAGUCGAAAUAUUAAUUUCAUUUCCCACUUCGAAUAAUUAAUUAUUAUUAUUAAUGAUAUCGCUUUAUUUUGUAAAUACAUUUUGUAAGGUAUAUUUACGUGUUUAACUAAUAAAUAGACAUAUUUUGAAAAUAUGUUUUGUCAAUUGUGCUGUGAGAUAGCAUGGGUCCGAUUGCUGCUUUUUAGUAUCUAUGUAAAUUAAUUGAAAUUAAAUUUUUUGUAAAAAAGUAUUUACCUGAUUGUAAAAAUUGGUAAAUAAUCGUAUAGAAAGAUGAAUGUUACUUCGAUAGACAGUUUUAUAAGUUGGUGUAAGUAGACAUUUUAAAUUAAAAGAAAUAAGCGUUUAAGUAAUUAAUCGGCAUUUUCAUAAUGUCAUUUUAUGAAAAUUUGUCAUAAAACUUAUAAGUCUUAUAACACUGUCUACGCGAAAUAAAUAAAUAAUUAAAAUACUAAGUAUAAAAUUUUCUAUCUUCAAUUGGCAAAAUGUAACAAAAAAGCGAUUUUUCAAAAAAGCAACAAUCGGACGCGAGCAAAAAAAAACGAUUGAUAAAAAAAUCUAACUAUAAGUUAAAGUUUGUAAUAUAUAGUUAAUAAAUAUUGUAGUUAA